CGAACUUCUUCAAUCAAUCGUUCAGGUGCAAGGCCUCCACCACAACACAACCGCGCCCAUGACGACGGCCAUAUCGCGCGAAGACAGCGCGCUCGCCGCUGAUGCGGUGCGCAGGUCGGCAAAACGGACGCGCGAGGUCUUCGCCGCCGACUUUGCGCAGCCAUCAGCGCUGCUGAAGCCACCGCAACCUGCCAUCGCACCCGCCCACGAACCCUCACCCGCCGACCGCGCGCAAAGAUCCAGCAUCGCCGCCAGAAUACACAGCGAAUAUGCAGACGUCAAGGAGCUGCCCACCGUGCUUGCCCAAAAGCAGGCGAAUGUUCAGGCAGGGUUGGCUGCACGACGCAAGAAGCCCAAAACCACCGAGGAAGCCAGUGACCCGCAAAUGGCCAAGAUGAUCGAAAGCGCCGCAGAGUCUCGCGAGCAGUUGUCGCAGCAAAUUGGCACCUCGACGGCGCUCACUCGAAUCAACGGCACAGCGGGCGCAAAAGCACCUCCAAAUGCCCACGGUCCCACACCGCAGCGCAACACCCCCGGGAGCAGCCUCGUUCGACGGGACACUGUGCGGCACCUGAAGCCUCAAUGGCAUGCCCCAUGGAAGCUUUUCCGUGUGAUAUCAGGACACUUGGGUUGGGUUCGCGCGCUGGCCGUGGAGCCCGGUAACUCCUGGUUCGCUAGCGGUGCGGGAGACAGGACGAUCAAGGUCUUCGAUCUAGCCACCGGAACGCUUAAGCUCACCCUCACGGGACAUAUAUCCUCCGUCAGAGGUCUUGCUGUCAGUCCUCGGCAUCCAUAUCUCUUCAGUUGCGGCGAAGAUAAGAUGGUCAAGUGUUGGGAUCUCGAGACGAAUAAGGUCAUCCGUCAUUACCACGGGCAUUUGUCCGGCGUGUACACGUUGAGCUUGCAUCCCACCUUGGACGUUCUAUGUACUGGAGGCAGAGAUGGUGUUGUCAGAGUAUGGGACAUGCGUACACGAUCGAACAUCCAUGUCCUCAGUGGGCACAAACAGACGGUGUCCAGCAUCGUUACACAAGCCACCGAUCCGCAAGUCAUCUCUGGCAGCUUAGACAGCACGAUUCGCAUGUACGAUCUUGCGGCCGGAAAGACCAUGGGCGUCCUUACACACCACAAAAAAGGUGUACGGUCACUGACGACUCACCCUACCGAGUUCACCUUCGCGUCUGCUUCCCCUGGUCAAAUCAAGCAGUGGCUGUGCCCAAAGGGUGACUUUAUGAUGAAUUUUGAAGGUCACAACAGUGUGAUUAAUUCACUCUCCGUGAACGAAGACAACGUUUUGUUCAGCGGCGGUGACAAUGGUAGCGUUGCAUUUUGGGACUGGAAGACUGGCCAUCGCUUUCAAUACGAGGAUAGUGUUGCGCAACCUGGGUCUCUGGACGCUGAAGCUGGCAUCAUGACCAGCACUUUUGACCAUACAGGUCUGCGCCUUAUCACUGGUGAAGCCGACAAAAGCAUCAAAAUAUGGAAACAGGACGAGAACGCGACAGAAGAAACACAUCCCUUGCAGUGGGCUCCAACGCUAGGCAGACAAAAGUUUUGAGCGUAUCCGCUGAUGGUCACCCAUUGGAUGACGGUGGAGAAUUGAGCUUGGCCAGGAUGGUCCAUUGAUGCAGGGUCGCUGCCGAGUCGGUCAGAUUGGAAUUGGCCAUGCGCAGGAUAUGCAGAUUGUCCUUCGCGGGAGCAUAAGUGACGCGUCCCGCGAAGAGGAUAGAUGAGGCUCGCCACUCGCAAAGCCUUUUGUUGAGAAGGUGUAUGCAUUUCACACUCAGCGACGAAAUGUGAAAUUCCCAUUACAGGAAACAUUCAGGAAAGGCCAAUAUAAGGUCAAGGGUGCACUCAACCUAUGGGAGGGCUGAGCCUCAUGCUACUCUUCAGGAGCUAUAGACCGAAUGAAUCGGCCAUGAGGAGUUGCUUCCAUUCCGCCUGGACUCUGAUCAUGCUUCAUGCAACGAGAAAAUUCAAUGCAGCCCAUGCAAUCGGAGAUUCAUCUACUGCCAGGGCCUAACAAUGGUCAUUUGUAUCAGUGGAAUGAGACGUCUGGUGCCUAACGGGUAAUCGCCUACAACGUCUCUGGCACAGAUGAAUCCAUAGUGCUGUCGAGCCUCCAAAGCUCUCACACUUCAGCGGAGAGAUAGAAGAAAACGCUAUGCGUUGUGACGAUCGCUCAUGCGAAUCAACAUAGUAAUCGUUGGCAAACGGCGCCCUUGGUUUGUGCAUAAUGCAGUCUCUCCUCCCUUCAUCACAUCUUUCUCAGUAGUCGCCAGCGCGAUACAUUGGCACCAUUCCUCCACUAUAUGUCCCAAGGACAAAUGUUUCCAG